UCGUAGCACGUACAGUACAACUAUUCUGUGUGAUUAUUUGCUUGAUUCCAGUGAAAUAACGAUUGAAUAGUUUUCUAUUGGAUAACCAGUCCUAAUGUGCAGGUGACAAAACUCCUCAGGAAAUCAUUUUGAGACAGAAUGACAAUGAAUAAUGAAUCCGAAUACAUCUUCAAUUCCUCCUUCAUGUCCAGCGACACAGAAGUCUCAACAAACUGUACAAACCCUUUAGUAGACAAAUUGAUAAAAAUAUACUUUCUACCUGCAAUGUACAGCAUCAUCUUCAUAAUUGGAUUUCCAGGAAACAUUAUUGCAAUUACAGUAUAUGUCAUGAAGAUGAGGCCAUGGAGAACCAGCAUCAUUAUUCUGCUGAACUUGGCCAUCACAGAUCUUCUGCACCUUAGCAGUCUUCCUUUCCUGGUAUACAAUUAUGCUAAUAAGGAAAAGUGGACUCUUGGAGACUUUACGUGCAAGCUCAUCCGCGUUGCAUUCCAUUUUAACCUAUAUGGCAGCAUUCUCUUCCUGACCUGUUUCAGCAUCUUCCGCUACUUUGUCAUUGUUCAUCCAAUGAAAUUUCACUCCAUCCACAAAAGAAGAUGGGCAGUCAUAGCGUGCGCUGCUGUGUGGGUAAUUGCAUUAAUUGAGGUCCUUCCAAUGGUUGUUUUCAUGAGAAAUGUUCAAGAUACUGUGGCUUGCAUGGACUUUGCAGUGUCUGUUGAUACAUAUAAUGUGCGUUGGUAUAAUUGCUUCCUCACUUCCAUUGGAUUUGCACUACCUUUACUAGUAGUGACUCUAUCCUAUACUUGCAUCAACUUCAGCUUAGCAAAUGGACCAUAUACCAAUGAUGCUCAUAAGAUAAAGGCUCGACGCCUUGUUGUCAUUCUUCUGGUAGUAUUUUAUGCUUGUUUUUUACCUUUACAUAUUUUUAGAGCUAUUCGUAUCGAAACUCGGCUGUAUCCAGUAGACUGUGUAUAUGAAAAGCAUAUCCAUGCCACAUACAUAGCAUCUAGACCCAUAGCUUCGCUUAAUACAUUUGGCAAUUUGUUACUGUAUGUUGCUGUGGGGGGAAACUUCCGGCAAGCUAUUCAGUCACUUUAUAAAGCUAACCCUUAUGAACAACAACCGUAAAUCUGAUGAGUUUUAUACAUUAAAUCCAAUGCUGUAUACUACAGAUAAAACAUAAAGGUGAAUGCACUUCCAAUAGCUAAUAUCAUAUAGAUAUUAUUUUCAGCAACAUUUUCCUAAAUACAAAAAAUAAUAAUUUAAACAUAUAAUCCUAACUGCCUUUCUCUGUGAUAUUUUGCAUGAUUUUGCAUCAUCGUUGUCAUCUUUGUUUAAAACAGAAAGUCAGGUCACUCCAUGUAAUGCGUUGAUUUAAUCUAAAAGGCAGAUAAAGAAUGGUCACAUCCAGAAGAUAUGCAGAAAUCUACUAAUUAGUUAUAGAUUAGUAACAUAGCAACAUAGUUUAUAAGGCUGAAAAAAUACAUCUGUUCAUCUGUCCAAACAGUAAAUUAAUCUAUCAGUUCAGUGUUUAAUUGUCCUAUAUUCCAGUAUUAAUGAAUGGAUGACCAUGCUGUAGGUGGCCAGGUAACCAGGUCUUGAUUCUGGCUCAUAGAAGGGUAUUUUGGGCAUAUGAAAAGAAAUGAUUGGCCUUAAACAACCUUUCAAUGGGUUUAGCCAUCUAAUGUAGUUCUGAUCAAUGGAACAAAAUGCUAGGACAAGUAGACAGUUACAUUAUUAUCCUUGGACAUUGUCAUAGAUGCAGUAUUCACUAGGCUUCGGCGAAUCAAGCUUCGGAUCAUAGAUCCAUAGUUGAUUUGUUAAAAAACUUUGAUUCCGUACAGCAUCAAAAUGUAUUGGCUCCGUGUAGACAAACUUCGUCUUGGACGAAGUUGCGCAAGACUUCGGUGAAUGUCUUCAGUAUUCCUAUCUGCAUUUAUUUAAUUUUUUUUUAAAUAGGAAUCUAAAGUCGGCUUUGGUACCGGAGCUGACGUUUGAUUCUUAUUUUAGAGCUGUAAGGAAACAGUUUUUUAAUAAAUCAACUUUGGAUCUAUGAUCCAAAGCUUAAUUUGCUCAAGCCUAAAAUCACAGUACACGCUGCUAAGGACCGGUAAUCGCAAGACAUGGGUCAUUUGUUAUUGGAUUACCAGGUUUGUACUUGAAAGAAAACGCAGGUAGAUACUGUAUACACAACAUGACCUGAAAUAUAAACUGUAAUUACAGGGUAGUAAUGAGUACUCAUCCCUGAUAUACCGUAUAUUCUAGUCUGGCUGUUAAUUAUCUUUGUAUAGCAAACUAUUAUAUUCUGCUCAUGUCAAAGGUGUAUCCAUAAAACUAAUUUGCUGAUCAGUAAGGACUGUACUCCACCUAUGUCCUAUAACUCUUAUAACUAAAAUAUGUGUAUCAAUUGAU